AUGAGUUGCACGUCCUUGUUGAAGAGCCUGCGACAUCCUGGAAGAUGGGAUCUGGCACUGAGCUUUUGCAGUAAGCUUGGCCAUACCGCCGUGCGGGUGAACCAAUUUGUUUGCAACGCUUUGAUCAGUACCUGCACCAACUUGAAUGCAUGGCAGUUCGGGCUGGCCGCAUUGAUUUGCAUGGGCAUCCUCCGUAUCCACCAGGAUACCAUCAGCUACAAUACAGUGGCUUGGAGCUCUGCGGGGCUGAGUGCCACUAUCCACAUCACGCCGAAGCGAGUGGUGGCUGCGUGUGCGACGCGGCAGCUGAAUGCCUGGCAAGCUGCUCUUGGACUACUCAUGAACUUUGCCAGAGACACGAUCAGUCAAAGCGCCGCUGUUGCCGGCUGCGCCAGCAAUAGCCUCUGGCUUUGUGCUUUGGUGCUGCAACACGAGACAGUCGACUCAGGCAUCGAGACGAACGCGAUUUCAUGGAACACGUACAUGAAUGCCUUAGAAGGUGCUAGCGAGUGGGGCAUCUUGCUGGAAGCGCUGCGGGGCAUGCAAUGUAUCAGCCUCAAGCCAUCCCCGACAAGUCUCACUCCUGUCGUCAACGCAGUCGGGGCGUUAAGUUCUUGGGAUCGCGCAAUCUUUCUGCGAGCAGCUUCUGGAAUCUACGAUCUCAUCCUGCUGAACAGUGCAAUGUGUGCAUACGGUGCGGGGCACCAAUGGAAGCCGGCGCAGUUGUGCCUGGAGGCGAUGAGGGAGAUGCGUUGCUACGACAAAGCAAGCCUCAGUGCAGCGAUUACAUCGUGCGAGAAGGCGAGUGAGUGGCGCUUUGGCCUCCAGCUUGUGCGGGAGCUCAGCGUUCCGGAUUCUGUCGGUUUUGGCGCCGCGAUGAGCGUGGCCGAAAAAGCUGGACACUGGCAGAUAGCCGUCAACCUUCUUUGUGACCUGCGCUUGCAAGAAGUGGAUGCUGACGAGAUCCAUACCAGUGCUUGUAUCAGUGCAUGUGAGAGGGCAGAGGCGGAGAAGGCCAGCCGCCCUGCUUGGUCGGAGGGAGGAAGGAUCGAAGAAAGUGUGUUUUCCAUUCGGCUGAGCUGGCACCCGAACCUGCAAAAUGCGCUGGCGGCCUUGGUGAUCAUUGAGGUUCGUGGUGCUUGGCCAUCGUCUUCCAGCCCACGCGCCAUGAAGAUGUCAAAGGGCGCUGCUGAGAAGAGUGAAACCGACGGAGGACAAGAAGGUGUUGUGACACAGCCUGAGCAGUUUACGACAGUGGUCGGGGUCGGCGGAAGUCGCUUUAACAAGCAGCAGUCUGGGGUCAGUGCAAUCAGCUACCUCUCAGCCCUUUCCGAGACUUUUGCCGAGAUUCGAGAAGCAGGCCCUCUCUUGCUUUCAUCGCUGUGCCUGGUGAGCGCGCUGGAGGGAGCGGACAUGGCCCUGCUACCUGCAGUGUUUUACGCACUUCAGACGGAUCUUGGCCUGCACCUGAAUGACCUUGCCACCAUGACCCUCAUCCAGGGUGUGACAUCUUCAGCAGUGGCUCCCUUCUGGGGCAUUAUCGCCGAUCGAGGAAUCUUGAAGAGGAAGACCAUCAUCAUCAUGGGCUGCAUCCUGCAGGGACUUGUCACCAUGUUGCUGUCGGUGGUCGAUCAGAUGGUCGGGAUGACGAUUCUACGAGCACUCAAUGGAGCUCUUUUGGCCUCUCUACGACCGGUGGCCAAUGGAGUCAUUGCCGAUGUGACCUCGGAGCAGAGACGUGGCAAGGUCUAUGGCUUUGUCCAGUUGUGCUCCAACGUUGGCUUGAUGGCAGGUGGCCUCAUCGGAACACCUCUAUCCACUCAGCUGGUCUGGGGCUGGCAGGGAUGGAGGGUGUCCUUCAUCGGCAUCGGGUCGCUGUCUGUUUUGGUCGGCCUCUUCGCCGUCGCUGCCUUACCAGAACNNAGCCAGAGCGUGAGAACUCUGGAAAGGGAGCAAAG